GCUUCUAAGUGAUGUCCAUGUUUUGUGUGGCUAUUGCGUGAGAAAGGUGUAUAAAACUUGUAAUACACGUGCAAGGUGGGGUGAAAAGUACACCAUCUCUUGUUGUCGAGUUCUAUGCUACAGCGGCUGUUUAUCUCAAGGCAACGCUUUAGCAAGUUUGGCUUGAUUCAACCAAUAAACAGUGCUGUAAGACUCUGUCGAAAGGAUACCGGAAAUAUGGCUUCGAAUGCAUCGUCUUCUGCCGACGACAAAUUCAAUUUGAUCACAAGAAAUUUACAGGAAGUGAUUGGUGAAGAUCGUUUGAGAACGAUACUUCAAGAAAAACAUCUCUCUUUGUACUGGGGUACAGCAACCACAGGGAGACCACAUGUUGCCUACUUUGUGCCAAUGACAAAAAUUGCUGACUUUUUGAAAGCGGAUUGUGAGGUGACAGUUUUGCUAGCUGACCUUCAUGCCUAUCUGGAUAAUCUGAAAGCUCCUUGGGACCUUUUAGCUCACAGAGUCAAAUAUUACGAGGAAGUGAUCAAGGCAAUGCUGGAAUCAAUAGAUGUACCCCUGGGAAAAUUGAAGUUUGUCAGAGGAACAGAUUAUCAGCUGAACAAAGACUAUGUUUUGGAUAUAUUCAAAAUGACUACAGUGGCUACUGAGCAUGAUGCCAAGAAAGCAGGAGCUGAGGUUGUUAAGCAAGUUCAGCAUCCUCUUCUUAGUGGUCUUUUGUACCCAGGCUUGCAGGCCCUUGAUGAGGAAUACCUCAAGGUAGACGCACAGUUUGGAGGAGUAGAUCAGCGCAAAAUAUUUACUUUUGCUGAAAAGUACCUGCCUUCCCUAGGUUAUGCCAAGAGAAUCCAUCUUAUGAAUCCCAUGGUUCCAGGUCUUACAGGCACCAAGAUGAGUGCAUCAGAUGAGGAUUCAAAAAUAGAUCUUUUGGAUGGUGCUUCUGCUGUUAAGAAAAAGUUGAAUAAGGCAUUCUGUGAAGAAGGAAAUAUUGAGGAAAACGGAAUUCUCGCUUUUGCGAAGUUUGUUAUUUUCUCAGUUUUGGAAACUAGACAUCAAACAGAAUUUGUAAUCGAAAGAGCAGAAGAAAAUGGCGGGAGAAUAUCUUUUAAGGACUAUGCAUCUCUUGAGCAGACAUUUGCCAAAAAGGAACUUCAUCCACUUGAUCUGAAAAACGGAGUUGCAAACUUCAUAAACGAGCUUCUUGAACCCAUAAGAAAGAAGUUCCAAACUCCAGAACUGCAGAAGUUAACAAAACUUGCCUAUCCUGAGCCCAAGAAAGCAAAGGGUGGCAAAGGAGGCGCAGCAGCUGUGGCUGAGAGAGCCGUUGAUCCGUCAAGAUUAGACUUGAGAAUUGGAAAAAUACUGGCAGCAAAAAAGGUGAGCGUGUUGAGACGUUUGAAUUUUGCCAGUGGGAAAAUCAUCUCGAGAAUUGAUUUCCUUUGUAAAUCGCAGUUGAAGUGUGCUGCAAAGAUUUUAUCCCAGCACUCUUUAUUACAUUUAAGACUUAAUUUAUCGAAACUUAUUUCCUAUUAUGUGUUACCUCCGUUAGCCUCUGUUGAUGUAGUAAACAGUAUUUUGUUGUCUAUUUUAGGCAUCAAGUCAGAAGCGAUGCUAAUGGCAGCAUCUGUAACGGGUUCUGAUGGAAAGCGACAAGUUGUCCCUCUGUGUCCACCAGAAGACUGUAAACCCGGUGACAGAGUAGUAGUACAAGGAUAUGAGCAUGAAACAGCCGGAGCUCCAGAUGACCAACUAAAUCCGAAGAAAAAGAUUUUUGAAACAAUGAAGCCUGACCUUUGCACCUCCGAGGAAGGUGUAGCUGAAUACAAAGGAAGCCCUUUUGUGACAUCUGCUGGCCACAUCACUAGCUCUCUCAAGAAUGCCCAAAUUAGUUGACGACUGUUUGUUGUAAAUCCAAUGAAAUGUUGAAAUCGUUUAUCACAGUUAAUAGACAGCAAGAAUUGCCGUCUAAAUUUAAUUGCAACUCAAUGCCUAGUUAGCGAGUUAUAUAUAUAUUUUCUUCAGAUCUCAUGUGACGAAUUUUACCUUUGAGAUUUUCCUCUUUUCACGAAACUUUUAAAUUGCUGUUUACUUAAAAAAUAGGAACACAUAACCUGCCUUGCCAUAUGUCUGGAAUCGUGUAGAACGAAGAACUGAGAAAACUGUGCAAGACACAUAAAAAGUAAACAAGUAGGAAACCGUCUUUUCCACUCCCUCUGCUCGCAGUUUUUUAUAUGGUAGGUCGCCGUUUAUUUGUUCUUGUUUUGUUUUGUUCUUGUUUUUUUGUUUUUUUGUAUUUUUGUUUGCCUGCUUUAAACUUUGAUAAAUUUCCUAGAAAUACAAUACGUUGUUCCGGUAAGGUCAAUAGAAAUCGUCACAAUCUUCAGACCCGAACUCUCAAAGUACUGGAAUUAAAGCUGAGUUAAGAGAUACUUCACCUCAAGUGACAAAUUAUUUUAUCCUAACAAUUUCUUACACCAAACAAUUAAAAGAUUGGAGAAGAAAUCAUAUGCCGAUAAAAACAUCAAUAAAACGAAAACGACAUACAAAUCAACAGGUAGUGAGCACUGCAUCAAGUGGCACGUUUCCAUCAUUGAAAGUAUCAACGAAGAGACAUUGAAGGGGCGCUGCAACUGGUAUUCUUAAAGUCUUUUAAAGAUAAGGCAAAAAAACUGGGGGUGGCUAACCCUUCGGAUUUCACCAAGCCGUUCCAAGUCAGGAGGCCCGCUAGGUAUCUCCCAUUCGCUACGGCUUUAGUAUGCGGGAUCGGGGAUCCCAGUAACUUGUUUUUCGACGCGCUAUAUUAAUGUUUCCGUUUAAUCAGCGUCAUCCAUAUGGUAUGUGGCAAAUAAUUACUCAAUGACUUGACUUCUUAGGGAGGUGUGUGAAGGUUUUUGAUACUGGUGGCCAAUUUGGAAUACGUUGUUUUUAAACAUCCCUGCAGUGGGAGCUAGCGAUAAUCAAAAGUUAAAAAGAAAUGGUCUUUUCGCGGACACGCAUGCGCGUUGUGGGUCAAUAAGGCGGUCUUAGCUAAUUAAUUAUGCAGAGAGUUUUAACUUCCCUAAACCUCAAAGUAAAGCUCACUUUUAAUUUUCUUGCACAAAAUUUGUUUUGGGGUUGAAGAUUUUUCUCCACAGACAAAAUUAUUACGCGAAACAUUCCCAUUAACGUUGCCUCUUAACAUAUGGGAUUUACCGGUCGGGAGCCCUGUAUUCAUGGAAGUCUAGCACUCUUAAACUAGGAAUUCAAAGUGUCUCACGUAUAAAGGAGAAAUAAUGUAUGAAGAAAACAGUCAGUUACAUCCUGUGCUGUCCUCACUUGUCAUGCAAACGAAACUAUUGCUGUCAACUUUCUCAAAAUUGUCACAAAUCAUUAUCGACUUGUUGCUCUUUACUUACUGCGAAUAAAUUGCCUUUUUCCUGUUA